UACCAGAUACAAUAAAUGGCACUCAUUCCUCAUUAUCCCCCACCUACCUACUUCCUCGGCCACUCUCACAGAAUACUCUCACAGAAUACACUUCCCUCUAAUCUCAUCACAAUCGUUCACCAUGGCAAAAAUCACUACCCUUCUCCUCGAUUGUGACAACACCCUCGUCCUCUCCGAGAAGCUCGCCUUCGCUGCCUGCGCUGAUCUCGCAAACCAAAUCCUCCAGAAGCACAACCUCCACCCCAAUUACACCGGCGAGUCCCUCAUGACUGAAUUCGUCGGCCAGAACUUCCGCGGCAUGCUGCUCAGCCUCUGCCAGAAGCACAACCUCCACAUCCCAGACGACGAGCUUGCGGGCUACGUCUCUAGCGAGGAAGACGCCGUCAUCGCGAAGCUCAAUGUGAGCUUGGAGCCGUGUGAGGGUGUGCACGACGCCCUGAAGGAGAUGGAUGGGAAGUACACGCUAGCCGUUGUCUCAUCAUCAGCAGGUCGCCGUCUGAAAGCUAGCCUCGUCAAGACCAACAUGCAGGACUACUUUGGAGAUAGGGUAUACAGCGCCGCAACCUCCCUACCUACGCCGACAUCCAAGCCAGACCCUGCAAUCUACAACUUCGCUGCCCAACAGCUAGGGAAGAAGCCGGAGGAGUGCGUGGCCUUUGAGGAUAGCAAGAGCGGCACGCUGAGCGCGGUUCGCGCGGGGAUCCCGGUUAUCGGCUACGUGGGAAGCUACGACGAGGAUGAGCGGGAGAAGAUGACUGCUCUUCUCAAGGAAAAUGGCGCAAAGAUUGUCAUGCAGCACUGGAGCGAAUUUGACGGGGCAAUGCAAACCAUUGAGAAGGCCAAGCUGUAAUGCAGCCGAAAUAUACAUUUUGCACCCUAGCUGUAACAGAUAUCAUGCAUCAUGACGUAAUUCCCGCAAUUGCCCAGGAACGUGCCAUUUCUCUGAUAACAAGUAACUCCAUUUGCCAUGGGUAUUUAAUAACUUUCCUAUUCCUCCU